AUGCUCAAGUCUGUGAUGUUGAAGUCAGCUUUGACCAUGGUCCCAGGGGCCAUGACCUUGACUGUAUCAGUGCCGUCAGCAAGAGAUUUGUUCGAUAACCCAUGCACCACUUUUCGCUUGCCGCCUCGGCCGGUGAAUGUCACCUUCAUUGACGAAACUUCAAUUGAGGGGCCAUGGAUCCAGCCACCAUUCGGGUUUGGUUAUGGCAAGUGGGCUCUCGCGUGGACCAGUAUAGAGGAGUACUGGGGUUGGUCCAAUAUGCAAAACGAGUGGUAUCCUCUUGCAAACACUAUCAAUGGAGCGAGGGUAUCAGACAUUCACGCCACGGUCAUCGCUGACAUCAACUCAUUCCAACUUGGAAGUAACGACACUGUCAUUACUACCCCCGGCACGGAUACUCCACUGGAAGGACAGUCGUACGCUUGGAACUACACCAUACCCGCUGAGAUCAUGGCUGAAACUGAUAACACCGCCUGGGUCGGGUGGGGUUACGACUUCUACGAACAGGGUGUGCCGUACUUUGUGAGCUAUGACGCGUCAACAACUGGAGUCAAGAAUGUGUCGUAUGGGGUGUCCAUCUACAGUCAGCGUGAGCGUGGGCCAAGCGACAGGACCGUGGCAGAGAUUGCAAAAUGCUACGACAAGUUAGGAAGCGAAGUGUUUGCGACUUUGUUCAGGACAAUGCGAAGGACGCCGACAGACGGCCGCCGCAGCGAUAACCUGUCGUGGCGUGGUGGGGCAGUUGCAAAUGCCCAACAAGCCCGUCAUUCGAAUCAGUUACCUCUUCUAUGA